AUGCGUACACAUCCGAUCGGACAGCCCAAGUUCCGCUGGGGAACGACAGGCGCAUUCAGAGUCCUCGAGCUCUCGCACCGGUUCUCAAUCGGGCUCCUGGGCCAGUCUCCGCCGUCGCUCCGAGCCGGCCACAACUAUGUCAUGUCGGAAGAGGAGAUCGACAACAUCAGCGCGCAGAUUCUCGGCGAGACCGACGUAGAGCCGACAUCGGCGCUGACCAAGGCAACGCCGACCGAUAAGUACGAGUCGUUUGUCCUGUCGUGGAGACAGGCGACGCCUGCAGACUUGUCACUCAUCGAAUCGGACGAAGGUUCGACAACCUCCAUGUCUGUACCGGACGUGGCAAGAUCGGCGUCGAACCUUGUACUCAUCCAGCUGACGCGGUUUUGGAUCCACUCGCGCAAGACACCCGAUAGCCACACCGAGGUUAUGCCGCCAAACCUGCGAAUGGCAUUCCUGGUCUCGGCGGGCACCGGACAGUUUGUCGGGGCGAUAGACGUCUCGCACGCGCUCGCCCAAAGUUUCAUGAUGCACAAGCGGCUGCAUCCUGGCGCGCCGGCGACCAACUACAACAUCCUCCGCAAGGAGUGGCGCAAGGACGCGCGUCGCUCACUUGUUGCGUUUUGGUCCAACGUGGUGGCCGGCUGGUCGGCACCGCUCUCGCAGAAAAACCUGCGGCCGCAGUACACGACGGCCCCAACGCCGCCCAACGCCGUCUCAGAAGAGCUCCAAAACGAGCUGGAACAGAUGCAGGCGUCGCAGGCCACCCGCGCCGGCCCAUCAGCCUCGGUCGCGCCGCUCGGCAGCUCGACGCCGCCGGAUGUCAUCCUCACAUACCGGUCGCGCAAGAUGCUCGACAUCACGUAUCAGAUUGCCACCCUCGAAGAGCAUGCCAAGACCAUCCUCUUUGAUCCCGAGCUCCCGUUCAAGGCUGUGUUUGAAAAGGCUGUCAUGGAGCUGCGGCCGCAGGCGCAGCUGACCUCGCCGUCGUUCCGCGAGCUCGAUCCCAUUGGCGCAUGCGUCGACGAGGUCAUCAAGUCGUCGACCAACUGGGCAUCACUCACGCCGUGGUCGACCUCGACGGCGCAGACGCAGAUCCUGGUCUCCAUCUCGGUCGCGCACCCGUCGAUCAUGUUCUACACCCGGUCGAUGCUUUUCAAGCGGUGGUUCUUCAUCCCACUUCCGCUGCGCAGCUCGCAGCCGCUCUCGCCCAAGUCCAACUCGUCGAACGCCUCGCUCUUUUCCAACACCUCGCAAGAGACGAACGACACCCAUCCGCCAGACGACGACUUUGUCCGCUUCAUCUGGUCUGCCGCCGAGGCCGCUGUCGCCGAGGUCAUUUUAUCCGAGUUUGAAAGCGAUUGCAAGGCUCUCCACGAUGACGCUCUCAGCACGAGCUCCAUGGGUGGACUUGAGUCGAUUGUCUCAAUCUCUUCGGCGUCGUUUGAUCCGAGGUAG